GCCUAUAAAAGCAGGAUGCGUCUGAGCAAUCCAGAGCCAACAGGAGACGCUUUGGAAACUUGCUCCCUGAAGAACAGUUCGCCACUCCGCGCAGAGAUGAGAGGGUUUACGCUGAAUAAUGUUUGCCAGUGUGGCUUAUUUACUUAUCUUGUCUUAUUUUCCUUUGUGUCUUUUACCACUGCAGUCAGUUUCGACCUGACUGAGCUUAGGAAUAAAGUUGCAAAAAUUAAAGUGAAUCCAAGAGGCAAUCUUUGGGCUACAGGACACUUCAUGGGAAAGAAGAGUGUGAUGGAUACGCCCCUGUUGCCUUCAGCGGAUGGACAGGGUGUCGAUGCGCUGGAAGUCACCCUCCCUGGGGAGCAGAGCGCCCUCGGGGAGCUUUUCCAAGAGUUUCUGCGGGUGGCGUUGCAAGCGCAGGUAGAUCCACAAGAGAGCCGCUCGAAAAAUCAGGAGGGGGACUUGUUGAUGAAGAUUUUAGAAAGCUACAUCCAAAGCAGAAAGUGGUAGAAGAUGAAACUCUGGCAUGAACACGGAUCCGAGGUCACCUGACCUGAUGGGUUAAAAUAAAUGAAUUAGACACAGAGAACAUGUGUCCUGCUCAUCAUGAUUGUAAUUUACUCUAACUGUCAUUUUUUUCAAUUUAUUUUGAUGACGAUAUUUCACAUUGUCCUGUCGUUUAAAAAUAUUUCUAUUAAAUAAAAUUAGGCCAUCAUUUGCACUGAUGUGACUUUGAUCUGGGGGAUUUAAAUUACAGAAAACGUUUCGGUUUAUUCAAGUUCGAGUUACCAUCAGCACACAGCACUGUUUCACUGAUCACUUCACUGUGGCUCCACCACUGGGCUUCUUCUACUUGUUUCCGUGCAUGACAAUGGACUUACACUGGAAAAUGCCGGAGUAAGAUGGAUCACUGUUCACUUAAAAUAUCGUGACCGCGCCGCAUCUAGUCAACUUCAUCUUAGAGACUUUACAGUAUAAAAACCUUAAUUCUGAGUCGUUGUCGCCCCCCCCCCCCCCCCCCCCCCCCCCGUUUUUCUCCAGGGAUCUAUACACGACCUUCACAGCCCUCAUUCACAGGCCCAACACUAACAAUCACCUUACUGUUCGUGAUUGUUUCGCUUCUGUGCCAAAAGCAUGUCCAAAAUAACACUUAUAUAAAUACAAAUGUGGGCAGCUUAUAUAAAUCACAUUGUCUGGCUUCCUGAAUGUUUCGACAUGAAAUCGAUAUUGUCUUUUGUACUUGUCCUUUGCGUAAAGGGAUGAUCUGUUCUCUCGAUCAAUAGUCGGGAAGUGAGAUGGACCCAGCUACAUUGCCCAAGGCUAAUCUGUGGUGUUAUAAACGGGUAGGCUACAGCUAUUUCAAUUUAUCUCCCACAGUUACCUCUUCUAUUGCCUCAUGUCAGUUUUUAAGGUGUCGAUGUGAAAAGUAGUGACUGAGCUGAGAAAGUACUUUGUAAACUAUAAUCCACUUUUCAGGUGAGAGGGAUGGGAGUUGUGUCUACAUACCUGGCUGACUUCACAAUUAUGGCCCAAUAAGUGACACAUAUAUAUAUAAAAAAAGGAUCUGAAUAAAGAAUACCUGCAAUAAAUCAUAACUUCCUGCA